GGGCCCGAGAGUACGUGACAGCUCUCAGGUCUACAAUGAACGCCGGCGAGCGGCGGGGAAAGAGGGAAGGCCAGCGAGACUACCCCAAAAUCAGGAGGAAAAAGAAGAGCGGUUUGCACCGCGUUUACUGUCAUUUCAGGACGCCCUUCGCAUCCUGACCCCGUUUCAACCCCGCUUCUCCGCUGGCCGUAGCCGUCCGCAGCGAGGGGCUCGCGCUAAAUCCUCCUCCUAGGCAUGCCCUUUGUGACUUAAGGCAAUUCAGUGCAAGACAGGUGGAAAGUAGGAACACUGGCUCCUUUUUCUGAGCACACCUGGCAGCAACUCAAGAGAGAGACCCAAUUUUGCCAAAAUAAAAAGUACCAAAGACAGACCUACCAAUGAAGUGUGAAAAUUGCACCAAAAAGGAAUGUAGUAAAAAACAGAAGAAUGAUGAUCCACAAAACGCAACAGUUGAUGUUCUCAAUUCAAAUGAUGAAAACAAAGAGAAAAGUGAAUUCCAUAAGUUGGCUAAUGCUAAAAUAUUCCUUAGUGAUUGCCUAGCUUGUGACAGUUGCAUUACAGCAGAGGAAGCAGUCAAAGUUUACCAGCAGAAUCCAAAUGAGUUCUUCCGUGUAUUGAACCUUAAUAAGAAGUGUGAUACCUCAAAACACAAAGUAUUGGCAGUAUCUAUAUGUCCUCAGUCCUUGCCUUAUUUUGCUGCUAAAUUCAACCUCUCAGUAACAGAAGCAGCUAGGAGGCUUUGUGGCUUCCUCAAAAGUCUUGGAGUGCAUUAUGUCUUUGACACCGCAAUAGCUGCUGAUUUCAGUCUUCUGGAGAGCCAGAAGGAAUUUGUGCAACGGUACCGCCAACAGAAUCAGGGAGAACAUGUUUUGCCAAUGUUUUCUUCUGCCUGCCCAGGCUGGAUCCAAUAUGCAGAGAGAGUCCUGCCCAGCAUGGUAAUCCCACAUAUUUGCACUGCAAAGUCACCACAACAGAUCAUGGGUUCUCUUGUGAAGAAUUAUUUUGCCAGGCAGCAGAAUCUAUCCCCUGAUAAAAUUUUCCAUGUCGUAGUGGCCCCUUGCAAUGACAAAAAGUUAGAAGCAUUACGGGAAGACUUUUAUACCCAUUUGUAUAACUCUCAAGAAGUAGAUUGCGUUUUAACAUCAGGUGAAGUCUUCCAAAUGAUGGAGCAAAGAAAAAUAUUGAAAGAAAUAAAUGAGGUGCCCUUUGAUACCCUGUUUGGUGGCAUAGAAGAAGAGUUAAAUCGGCAUGAUGGAAGAUCAGAUGGUUACCUAGAGCACAUCUUUAAACACGCUGCCAAGGAGCUAUUCAACACAGAAGUGAAGGAGCUCACCUACAAAACGUUAAAAAACAAAGACUUUCAGGAGGUUACCCUAGAAAAGGAUGGCGAGACAGUGCUACGUUUUGCAGCGGCCUAUGGCUUUCGAAAUAUCCAAAAUAUGAUUCUGAAGUUGAAAAAGGGGAAAUGUUCCUACCACUUUGUUGAAGUUUUAGCCUGUCCUGGAGGUUGUUUAAAUGGGAAUGGCCAGGCCCAGACUGAAGACGGAAAACCAGAUAAAGCCCUUCUCAAGCAGAUGGAGGAUGUAUAUGCCACAGUUCCUGUUCAGAUUCCUGAAACCAACGGGCAUGUGCAGAAGCUUUAUCAGGAAUGGCUAGAAGGGACGGAGUCCAACAAAGCCCAGGAAUCUUUGCAUACUAAAUACAACAUGGAAAAACCAGCUGUCAACAGUUAUGACAUCAAAUGGUGACCAAUCCGAUUAUAAGACAUGCGUCAGGGUUGAUGGACCUGCAGCACUGUCACAACUAUGCUAUGCAACUGAAAUCGGAGGCACAACCAUGAAAAAAAGCAUGCUCAGAACUGGAACUGCACUUGUUUCCUCAUUUGGGGUUGUGCAGAGUCAAAAUGCAGCUGGUCUCAGUGUAAAUGUGGUGCAUCUUUAUUUAAUCAGAACUCUCGCCCAAUCAUCCAUAUACAGUUAAGGUGUAUUGGAAAGAAAAUCAGGGCCUGCUACAAAAUGCUUCAAUGCUGACCCCUUCGGAACUCGAGGCCUGUGUGCUAAGAAUCUAAUACCAUGAAUGUGCUCAGAAUGAUGUCAGGUUAAAGUUUGUCAUUUACUUAAGACUUCAUAUUAUUACUAAAUAUAGAUUCCAAAAUAUAAUUUAAAAACCUGCCUACUACUAAUGUGGUGUCUACAAAGUCAGGCCUAUUUUCUUAAUUAUGGCAAAAAGAAUGAGUUUACGCAAGUCUGAGAGAACAGUAGGAACAUUGACCUCUGCUAGAAAUGAAUGUUCAUUUGGUCAGCUUUAUGUAGCUUCUUCAACUCCCCUGAGAACAGGGGCCUUUGCUCCUUACUGGCAUUGAUUUCUUCUUGAGAAUAUUGGGAUCCUGGUGUCUUAAGACAAACCUGGUAAAAUCCUUGAGGUUCAGAACUAUAUUUGGGAGAUCUGUAUCAUCAGCAACAAAGCUAGGUGAAUUGGGGAAUCCUGAAUAGUCAAAGAGUACUGUAAGUACAGAUACGAUCAUUCAAUCAAAUGGGCAAAGGCAGUGGUGGGAUUCAACCAGUGUAACAACCAGUUCGGUAAGCGCACGUAGCGUUUUAAAAAACAGCAAUUUUCAGCUAAAACUUGCCUUCUGCUGCAGCC